AUGCCGAGCAUGGGAGAAGAGGAGGAGGUGAAAUUCAUCAAGCAGAGAGUAAGCCUGUAUGCCGAUGACAGACCUGCAUUUGGACAAGGAACCUUGUUCCUGACCACGCAUCAAAUCAUCUGGAGAAAUGAUGAGCGAUUGGAUGAGACAGUCAAACUGCACUGGAGAUCUGUCAUCGUGCAUGCUAUUUCGAGAGACACAUCGGCUUUCCCUCACCCUUGCAUCUACUGUCAGGUCCUCGCAGACGAUGCCGUGCGAGAGAUGAUAGCGAAUUGUAGUCAAAGCGCGCCGGACGCGAAGAUGAAUGGAGCAGAGGAGGAGGAGGAGGAGGAGGAGGAGGAGGGGAUGGAGGGGGAUGAACCCUCCCAUGAAAUGCGAUUCGUCAUGGACGACCCGAACAUUCUUGGGGUUGUCUUCAGCGUCUUCUCGCAAUGUCAAGCUCUCCACCCUGAUGAGCAUGAUGACGAUGACGAGGGGGAUUUCAUGUUCGAUGACUCUGCCGCGGGUGCCAGCUCAAAUAUUUGUAUGAUGAAUGUUACAGACAUGGCCGUUGCACAGCAGCAAGCGCUUGCUCGCUACGAUGCCCUUCUAAACAUGCCCCAGCCCGGAGAUGUUGACAAUCUGUGCUCGGAGCAGUUUGCCGAUGCACCUGACGAGGACGAGUGA